AUGAUUGCUCAGGAAGACACUGAUGCUUUGACAGUUUCAACAUUCGAAGGUGAAUUUGAGGAAUUUCUGCAGGAGACGCCAGAGAUGUUUGAUGCCUUGACCAGUUACAUCGAGGCCAGAUCCAAACUGGUUGAGAAACGCAAGAGCCGUGGGUUUUGGCCCGUCAAAGGCAAAGGAAAGGCCAAUAAAGGCCGUGGGAAAAGUUUUGGAAAGCGAUCCAAAGAUCGAGAUGCCUUGCUGCAACGCAUUUCCCGUAGCCACUGCAGGCGAUGUGGCGCACUUGGCCACUGGAAGGCAGAGUGCCCUCUGAAUUCCAGUGACAAGAACAGUGCUCCUUCAACCUCAGCCUCAGCCAAUGUCGUGUUUGAUGAGCGCCCCAAGGAGAUUUUCCAUGCCGAAGACACCGUGGAUGAAGUGAUCUCUGAAGAUGAAUACGAGAUGCCCAGCACCGAAACCUGCACGCAAUCAUGUCCUGCCGAAGAAACAUGUUUCAUGCUGAGUCAUGAGGGUAGGAUAAUGGGAGUAAAUAAUCUGAGUAAUCGUAUGGCAAGUUUCAAUAAAAGGGUUUCCAAGUUGACUCAUGCUCAUGCCAGUAGAUCCAAUCAGGGUCUGCAGCCCAACAUGCCCAGGAACAGCCGUGAGUGUGAAGAGACUGCUUUCGUUCGAUGCCGAUUCAAGCAUUUUCACAGUGCCGAGUCACAAGCAUCCGAGCAUGUUUAUAGCAGUUUGGAAUCCUUCAGCACCCAUGCGAUUCUUGACACCGGCGCCAGCCGUUGCAUCAUUGGAGAAAAAACACUGAUCAAGCUGAAGCAAGCCUUACCUGAAUGUUUGAGGGAUCGGUUUCGCCAGAAAGACAGCCAAGUGAAGUUCCGUUUUGGAAACAACCAAACUCUGACCAGCAUGUAUGCAGUACAGAUCCCCCUCAAACAUCAAGGGUCCAAGAAGCUAUGGUUAUCCGUAGAAGUUGUGCCUGGUCAGACACCAUUUCUCUUUUCCAAGCGUGCUUUCAAGAUGUUGCAGGGUACUUUGGACUCCCACCGAGAUGAAUGUUUCAUGCAUAGGGUGCAAAAAUCUCCUAUUCAGCUGGCCACCAGUCCUACAGGUCUGUAUCUCAUCAAUUUGAUCGACAUUUGCCCAGGUUUCAACGAAGCCGAAGUUUUCGCUCAAAGAACCCCCCCGCUGAGUCAAACAGCAGAUUUGUGCAGCACCAUCACCAUGCCACCGAUGGUCAGCAUGCUCAAGUCGAUCGCGGAGGCCAUAAUCAACCUCUUGACGCUCCUUCUCCAGAUCCUGGUCCAUCAACUGGAGAAACAAGAAGUGAUCGUCGAAUCAGAAGCUCAGAACGAUCAAGAGCUCCAUGCAAGCCUUCACGAGAUGAUGAACCAGAUCAAUGUGCAACGGGCCUCACUGGAAGCCUUGAAGGGAGAGAUCGUGGCCAAGAAGACCAGUCCCAAAAGGGGCAUUCCGACAGCAUCCAUGUCUGCCGGAUCAAGUCCACCCAUCGAGGAUUCAGUGGCAAUGGUUCCAACACAGACCAAGAAUGUGGUUCAACGCCGAUCCAAGGCACCAUCAAUGACUUCACAAGCCCCCAGCUGGGAAGAAGUCGAGGAGAUCGAGGAGGUCUUUGUCCAGGAGACCGUGAAUGUGGUCCCAGUGAGCCGCGGAUCCAAUCGCGGGUCCUUGCCGGCGCCUUCACCGCCGACUCUUCCCCUGCCAGGAAAUUUGUCCCUGGCGGAGUGGGGAACGAAUGUGAUCGAGUUCGGUCGGAAGCACAAGGGGAGAACGUUUGCCGAGGUCAUGGAAAAGGACCCAGGGUAUCUUCGAUGGAGUCUUGCCAGGUACCACAGCUUGAUGCCGGAACAUCAAGAUUUUGUUCGUUACGGACAGCUGUGGGAACGCGAGAUCGGCCAGGGAAUUUAG